UGUCAAAUAAGGUCAUGUCUUUAAUUAUCUCGUCUUUAUCAAUUUCUUCUCUCGCACGUUACCUCCUCCCCACAACUCAAAAAAAAAAAAAAAAAAAAAAGAGAAGCAAGAAACCAAAGCGACCUGCCCUAAUCUUUAGCGAUGAUAGUUUAAACGGAACGAAACUUGACGAAGAAACUAAAGAGACACAUUUGAAUCAUCUUCAUAGCGUUAAAAAAUAAAAAUAUAAAAUCGUAGAAAGUGAGAAAGAAAGAAGAUAAUCGGGGAGAUUUAAAAAAGGAAAUGACAACGGCGUGUCCGGCGAGGACAAGCUCACUAAUGGACGAUCUCUUGGGCCUCCUUAGAAUCCGCAUCAAACGUGGCGUCAAUUUAGCCGUCCGUGACAUCAGUAGCAGCGAUCCUUACGUCGUCGUCAAAAUGGGCAAACAGAAAUUGAAGACUCGUGUCAUUAACAAAGAUGUAAAUCCAGAAUGGAAUGAAGAUUUGACUCUCUCCGUCACAGACUCCAAUCUUACCGUCCUCUUGACGGUGUACGAUCACGACAUGUUUAGCAAAGACGAUAAGAUGGGUGAUGCUGAGUUCGAGAUAAAGCCGUAUAUUGAGGCUUUGAGGAUGCAGCUUGAUGGACUUCCUAGUGGAACCAUUGUGACCACGGUUAAGCCAAGUCGUCGCAACUGUCUUGCCGAGGAGUCACGUGUCACAUGGGUCGACGGCAAGCUCGUCCAGGAUCUCGUUCUCAGAUUGCGACAUGUGGAAUGCGGAGAGGUCGAGGCUCAACUUCAAUGGAUUGAUCUCCCUGGCUCCAAGGGUCUAUGAAUCUUUUUUCUUUUUUUCUUAUUCACCGUUACUUUGAGUUGUUUUCUUUCAAAUUGAACUAAACCAAGUAACAGCAUGGAAAAAAAAACAAGUAUUUCAAUCUUGAAGGAUAUAGCUAAUGAACUAUAAACGCGUAUUAAUCCAUGGGAAUAUAAGGAUUAAGAACAUUGAGGGAAGUUUUGUUCCCAUAUGGUGAUCGAGUCCAAGUCGAGUGAGUCAUGGUGGGCAUGUAAAUGCGGUGUAUUGUUGAUGUGUAUAUUUGGGCUAGCUAUGCCUUAAAGAAGGCUAUUAACACGAACAACUAAUACAUACAUCUUAUUUA